AUGGGGGGACGCUUGCCGCUUUUCUUGCCAUGGCUGCUGCUGCUGCUUUCAUCACACGCUGUAACGGCGAUCAGUUUCACAGUGGAUGACUUCCCUGACGGAUUUGCCUUUGGAGCUGGGACUGCAGCUUUUCAGUAUGAGGGUGCAGUGGAUGAAGAUGGGAAGAGCCCAAGCAUUUGGAACACUUAUGCACACUCAGCAAGGAAUCCAAAUGAGCACAGUGGUGAUUUUGCUUCUGAUGGUUAUCACAAGUAUAAGGAAGAUGUAAAGCUAAUGAAAGACAUAGGCCUGAAGGCUUACAGGUUCACCAUAUCUUGGUCAAGACUUAUUCCUAAUGGGAGAGGAGCAGUGAACCCAAAAGGGCUGCAGUUCUACAACGAUAUGAUAAAUGAGCUAGUGAAAGCAGGUAUUCAGGUACAUGCUGCCAUUUACCAUCUAGACCUCCCCCAAAUCCUUGAAGAUGAGUACAAUGGAUGGCUGAGCCCCAGAAUUGUUGACGACUUCACAGCAUAUGCAGACGUUUGUUUUCGCGAGUUUGGCGAUAGGGUGGCACACUGGACAACUAUGAUGGAACCAAAUAUCAUUGCUCAAGGUUCCUAUGACGUUGGAAUUGUGGCCCCUGGACGUUGUUCAUACCCAUUUGGGCGUGAUUGCACAGUUGGCAACUCCACCGUGGAGCCUUACCUGUUUCUACACUACAAUCUGCUAGCUCACUCCUCGGUUGUCAGGCUAUACCGGGAGAAGUACCAAGCUGUGCAGAAGGGCAUUGUAGGCAUAAACCUCUACUCCUUGUGCAUCUACUCAUUGACUGAUUCAGCUGAAGAUAUCCAGGCAACGGAAAGAGCCAACGACUUCUUGUUUGGCAGCAUCCUGCACCCUUUCUUAUUUGGAGACUACCCGGAGAGCACGAAGAAGGCUGCCGGUGCCCGCCUUCCGUCCUUCUCCAGCUAUGAAUCCGAGCUUGUUACCGGCGCAUUCGACUUCAUUGGACUGAAUCACUACAGCUCCAUAUAUGCGAGCAACAAUCCUGAUGUGUCAAAGAUGCCCGUGCGAGACCAAGCUGCUGACAUUGGAGCUCUGUUCAGAGAGACCAGGGACGGGCAAGCUGCUAUACAGUAUCCACCAGGCAGUAUGGUUGAUCCUCAAGGGCUAGAGCAUGUACUCAAAUAUAUUCGUGAAAAGUACGGGAAUAUCUCAAUUUAUAUCCAGGAGAACGGAAGGCCUGAUGACAGCCUGAUGGAUGUAGAAAGGAUUGACUUCCUGAAGGCGUACAUUGCAAGCACAUUGAAAGCCAUAAGGGAUGGAGCAGACGUCAAAGGAUACUCUGUGUGGUCAUUACUGGAUCUCUACGAGAUGUUCGGGGGCUACAAGGCGCAUUUCGGCCUCAUCAGCGUCGAUUUCAAGGACCUGAGGCGUCAGAGGCAGCCCAGGCUGUCUGCGUACUGGUACUCAGACUUCUUGAAGAAUAAUGUUGCCAUUCAGGUGGAGAAUGGUGAAGCAACUGCAACUUCUCAUGAACAAAUUUAA